AUUUUAUUAUUCCAUAUUGGUAGUGAUUGAGACUGCUAGAAUAAUAAUUUGAAAUGGGAACCCCUUUAAAACAAUUAUCCGCAUUUUUAUCCCCAAAAGUUUUAUCGCCCCAAGUGUUAUCUCCGCAUUCUUCAAGAUUUUUGCUGGUUUCAAAAUCGGAUAGAAAAAUUGUGGGAAAUAGACUUGUAUCACCAAUAAAUCAGAAAUCGAAUUCUGCGGUGAAAAAAUUAGAUUUCUCGACUUUCAAGGAAAAUCGAUUACUCAGUGAUCAUGUCAAGAUAAAUGUAACAGACUUUGAUAAAGGUAUCAAAGCGAGUACAAGAAAGAAAGAUAUCUUGAUCAACACUCCGAAUAAAUAUGAUAUUAUCAGAAAUGGUGUAGAAGAUGAUAGAUUUCUGAAUAUUUUGGGCAAAGGAGGUUUCGGUAAAGUCGUCAGAGCAGUUCAUAAAGGAAAAACAGUGGCGAUAAAGAUAAUCAAAAGAUCCCAAUUCACCCUACGAGAAAAAAAUGCUCUCGAUCUCAGUCACUCCAAUAUUGUGAAAACGCUGGACGUCACCGAAAACCAGAUGGAAACUUUCGCGAUAAUCAUCAUGGAAUAUUUUCCAUUCUGCGAAAACCUCGAGGAAAAACUAUCUAGUGCGGGAGAGGAUUUGGGUGAAAAUGUUGUUUUACAGUAUGCCAAAGACAUCUGCGAAGGACUUUCUCAUUGUCAUUCCAGGGGCAUUUUGCAUUUGGAUGUGAAACCGAGAAACGUACUGGUAUGCGGAAGCGUCUGCAAAAUUUGUGAUUUCGGAAAUUCUAUGAAGGUUUCAGAAAUUGAGAUCCCAUUCAUACACCAAGGAACCAUUCACUAUACCGCACCUGAGAUAUUGCUGGGCAAACUCCCUAGUGAAGAAAGUGACAUUUAUUCAUUUGGAGUUCUGUUAUGGCAAAUACUAGAAAGAAGGAACCCUUACAGUGAGAUCGAUAACAUUGACACCGUGAUAUACAUGGUGGUUAAAUGUAAACUUAGGCCCGAUAUGAUUGAGCCAAAAAAUGAGUUAUCCAAAUUGUAUCAAGCAUGUUGGAACAGUGAGCCAUCAAACAGGCCAAGUCUCGCAACUAUUUCAGAAGUCUUGAGCAAAAAUUGUUGAGUUAUGUAUUAUUGUUUUUAUCAAUUCGAUUUUUAAUUAUUACUGUUAAUAUACUUUUUACUAUAAUC